AAUGCACACAACAAUCACUUAAAACCUUGCCAACGAUCUUUCCCUUUAUUCUGUCCUACCUGCCUGCUGCCAGGCUAUAAUCCAAGGCUGGGUGAAAAGGAGAAAAUGCUUUACUUUCAUGUUCUCAUUCUGUUAUACCUAGAUGCCUGUGGUGCUCCACCAAGAUAUGUAUCUAUGAUGCUCCAAGGUGGUUCUAAGGACGUUUAUCAAGCUGGGGACAGUGUACAAUAUCAGUGUCGUCCAGGAUACAUGCGUAUUGUUCCUAGUCUUCCCGUGUCUUCUGUUUGCCGGCCUGAUAACACAUGGGAACCUCUCCAGGAAGCUUGUACAAAAAAACCAUGCCCACAACUAGGAGAUCCCACAAAUGGUCAAGUGGUCUAUGUAAAUGGAACUUACCAGUUUGGUUCACAGGCUCACUAUGUUUGUAAUGACGGUUAUUACUUAAUUGGGACAAAAAUUCUCCACUGUGUGCUUUCUGGAACUACUAUGGAAUGGAGUGGAAAUCCCCCACAGUGUGAAAAAAUUUUGUGUCAACCACCUGGACAAAUAGCAAAUGGAAUAUACACCAAUAGCCACAAGGACACAUUUGAAUAUAAUGAAGUAGUAAUUUAUGCUUGCAAUCCUUCAAAAGGACCAGAUGAAUAUUCCCUUGUUGGAGAGAGCAGGCUUGUCUGUACUGGGCAUAACCAGUGGAGCAGUGGCCCUCCUGAAUGUAAAGUGGUCAAAUGUCAAUAUCCAGUGCUUGCAAAUGGAAGACUGGUGUCAGGAUUUGGAAAAAAAUUUUCCUACAAGUCAAUGGUUGUACUUGAAUGCCUGAAGGGUUUUUACCUUGAGGGCAGUAACACUAUCGCCUGUGGACCUAACAGUACUUGGGAGCCUCAAAUGCCAACAUGUGUUAAAGGUACAAAGGGUGUCUUUUAUUUCUAGAUUUUAUUUAUCAGAUAUUAAAUAUCAGUGACACUGAAUAAUUGAAAAGAAGCAGUUUUUGUAAUUAAUGCUAUCUCAUAUUCAUUUCUGUGACAGGUGUAUGACAUAAAAUUUGUGCUUUUGUAGGUUCUCAGCACACUACAUACAUCACAUAGGUGUCUGUUCUUCAGCAUUUCUUAUGUGUAAAAAUGUAUAGCAAUCAUUUUUCAUAGUAAAUUGAAGCAUGAAAAUUUUUACCUAAUGGUUGAUCCUGUCUUUGUUAUUUUUUUCCAGUGUCAACACCUCUCAAUACAACACCUCUCAAUUCAAAACCUACAGUUUCCAGUGUCUCAGGUUUAGUACUUUCUGCUUGUAUUUUUCAAAAUUCUUUAACUGCCAGGUGACAUUAAAAAUCCUUUAAGUAUCUGGUAAUUUACACUCAUCCAUCAUUUUUAGUAAUGAAAGGAGAAAAGAACACAUUCACAGCCAUUGUAGUUGUUACACUUAGUCAUUCUACAACUAUUUGCCACAGUUUGCAGACAUUGGGACAAACGUGGGAACAAGUUAUAUAAACCUCAAAUGUGUUUUCUCGUCUGUAAAGUGAGUUAAUGCCUUCCUCACUGGGUGACAGUAGAGUUAAAGUGGGAUGCACUUGGAGCUCUUAGCAAAGUGCCUGUCAUGCAGGAAGCUCUUAAGGAAGUUCAUUUAUGACUUACAGCAUCACUCCAGUUAUAAUACUAGUAACGAGGAAGGCCCAUGGCUUUGUUUUUCAAUACACCUAUUUUCUAUGUCAUUAACUUUAUUAAUCUGUUAUUUUAAAAACAAUCUGCUGAUAACUUUACAGGUUAUCUUCAUGAUCCAAGAUGAUGUUUUAUUUCCUGGACUACAGCCAGUUUUGUUCCUAGUACAAUAUGUAGUAAUUAAUAUCUAAACUGGGAAGCUUCUGCUGUCUCUAGAACAAGACCCCCACCUUUCCCUUCCUCAUAUAAUUAUUCUUUUUCUCUUUACUGGGCAUUUUUAUUUAGGAAUAGAAAGUAAAUUUCAUAGCAACUGAAAGGCAAAAAAAUUCUUUUGUUAUUGAAAUGUAAUGGAGGACCUCUUGCAUGGACUUCUGAUGAGCUGCUCUGCUUAAGCCUUGGGAGAUCAUUUUGGUAUGGUGGACAGAACAGUCUUCCUGAUUUUGGAGGUGCUGUCUCUGGCUCCUCUCUGGUUUCAGCAGAAGCAGGAGACAAGAACAAUGCAGUAGUCACCACACACACACAGUUUCACUUUCUGUGGUUUCAGUUACCCACAACCAGGGUCAGAAAAUAUUAAAUGGAAAUUCUAGGAAUAAGUAACUCGUAAGUUUUAAAUUAUUUGCCAUUCCAAGCAACAUGAUGAAAUCUCACACUGUCCCACUCUUUCCCACCCAGGGACUCAUGCCCCGGUUCAGUGUAUUCACCUCACUUCUUCUCAUCACAUAGGCAUUGUACCAUCUCACAUCAUCACUAGAAAAAGGGAGAUUGCAGUACAAUAAGAUAUUUUCAGAGGGAGAGACCACAUUCACAUUGUUUUU